AUGGAGGGCGCCGUGCUCUGCGCCGCCAACCACGCGCCGCUCACGCCCCUCUCUUUUCUGGAGCGCUCCGCGCUCGUCUACCCGGACCGCCCCGCCGUCGUGGCCGCCGCCGGCGACGCGCCGCCCCGGACGUGGCGCGAGACCCGGGCCCGCUGCCUCCGCCUCGCCGCCGCGCUCGCCGGCCUCGGCGUCCGGCGCCGCCACGUGGUCGCCGUGUUCGCGCAGAACGUCCCGGCGAUGUGCGAGCUGCACUUCGCCGUGCCCAUGGCCGGCGCCGUCAUCUGCGCGCUCAACUCGCGCCUCGACGCCGCCAUGGCCUCCGUCCUGCUGCGCCACUCGGAGGCCAGGGUCCUCUUCAUGGACGCCGCGCUGCUCGGCGUCGCGCGGGAGGCCCUCCGCCUCCUGUCCGACGCCGGCGCCACGCCCCCCGCCGUCGUCCUCAUCAGAGAGCUCCUCCACGGCUGCGACGACGACGGAUCAACAUCUUCUUUAUCCGGCACGACGGGCACCGAGCACGAGUACGAGGCUCUGGUGAGCGGGGGCGGGUCGCCGGAGUUCGCGGCCCGGUGGCCGGCGGACGAGAACGAGCCGAUCGCGCUCAACUACACGUCGGGCACGACGUCGCGGCCCAAGGGCGUGAUCUACACCCACCGCGGCGCGUACCUCAACAGCCUCGCCGCCGUGCUGCUCAACGACAUGGCGUCCAUGCCGGUGUACCUCUGGACGGUGCCCAUGUUCCACUGCAACGGCUGGUGCAUGGCGUGGGGCGUGGCGGCGCAGGGCGGCACCAACGUCUGCCUCCGCAAGGUCACCGGCGCGGCCAUCUUCGACGCCGUGGCCCGCCACGGGGUCACCCACAUGGGCGGCGCGCCCACGGUGCUGGGCAUGAUCGUGCACGCCGCGCCGGAGGAGAGGCGGCCGCUGCCGCCGGGGAGGAAGGUGGCCGUGAUGACCGGCGGCGCGCCCCCGCCGCCGGCCGUGCUGUUCCGGAUGGAGGAGCUCGGGUUCCUGGUGAUCCACUCGUACGGGCUGACGGAGACGUACGGCCCGGCCACGGUGUGCACGUGGAAGCCCGAGUGGGACGCGCUGCCGGCGGGCGAGCGGGCGGCGAUCAAGGCGCGGCAGGGGCUCCACCACCUGGGCCUGGAGGUGGACGUCAAGGACCCCGCCACCAUGCGCAGCGUCCCCGCCGACGGGGCCACGAUGGGGGAGGUGAUGUUCCGCGGCAACACGGUGAUGAGCGGGUACUACAAGGACGCGGCCGCCACGGCGGAGGCGCUCGCCGGCGGGUGGUUCCGGUCGGGCGACCUGGCGGUGCGGGUCCCCGGGGACGGGUACGUGAAGAUCAGGGACAGGUCCAAGGACAUCAUCAUCUCCGGCGGGGAGAACAUCAGCACCAUCGAGGUGGAGGCGGCGCUGUUCGCGCACCCGGCGGUGGCGGAGGCGGCCGUCGUGGGGCGGCCGGACGAGCACUGGGGGGAGACGCCGUGCGCGUUCGUGGUGGCCAAGAAUGGGGAGAGGGUGGAGCCGGAGGAGGUGGUGGCGUUCUGCCGGGGCAGGCUGCCGCGGUACAUGGCGCCGAGGACGGUGGUGGUGGUGGAGGAGCUGCCCAAGACGGCGACCGGCAAGGUGCAGAAGUUCGCGCUCCGGGAGAAGGCCAAGGCCAUGGGCAGCCUCUCCACCAGCAACCAUCAUUGUUUCUCUUUUUGA